AAGUACAGCGGAGACAGUUGGUUCAGUCAGUAUCUUAAGCUUCAGAAAAUACAAUACCUGGUAAUCAUUACAGGAAGUGAAAAUUACCACCACCAAGUUAGCCUAGAGUAGAUGAUAUCUUACCGCACACACACACAAAGGCUUUGGCAUUGAGACAAGGGUUCAAACACACAAGCGUGCAUGCGCACACACACACACGCACACACAGGCCUUAUCACUGGUAAAAGCAGGAGACAAACAGAUCAAUAGACACUACUUGCUUCAGUACAAUGGACAAAUCAGAGUCAGAACUCGAAGAGGAAAUGUCACUUGAACGGGAGAUUUUUCACGAUGCCAGCACAGACAGGCACUCGUCUUCGUGGCAUCAAACAUUUGGAAAAGGUGUGUUUACAGAGGGAGGUGGGUCUGUGUUUCCACACCACCGACUGGUUAUCCUGACUCUGGGCCUGCUGAAUGCAGUUCUGCUGAUAGCUGCUGUUGUCAUUGGGAUUUACUGUUCCAAAGCCAUUCAUCUUUCUAAUUCAGCUGCUACACCCUUCAUCAUUGAGAUGAACUAUCUCCGCAACAGUAGCGAUAUCAUCAAAGCUAAAGAGGAUGCCCAGGCAGCAUUGGUGAAAGAAUCUUCCAAUCAUGUCCAACUAAAGCUGCAGGUGAAGCAGCACAGGAGCCUCACUGACAGCCUCCAGGGACAGAUUGAAACACUGCAUAAAGAGAAGAUGAAUCUGCAGUCUAAUAAAACUGCCUUAGAGGAAAGCUGUGGCAGGUGUCGAACAGGAUGGCUUUUUCUUAAAUCAGCCUGCUAUUAUUUUUCUUCUCGCCAUGUGUCCAACUCUAAAAAGAACUGGUUCGACAGCAGAACAGACUGUAUUAGUCAAGGCAGUGACCUGCUUGUGAUCAAUAACUUGGAAGAGCAGCAACUCAUAAGUAACAACUUUCCAAAGGAGAGCAGCAGUGGUAUAUGGUGGCAGAGAGGAUUCUGGAUCGGCCUCACUGAUGUAGCGACAGCAGGAUCAUGGGUUUGGGUUAACAAUGUAACGGAGGUGGAAACAAUGUACUGGAAAAAUGGACAGCCUAACAAUGAUGGGCCUCAGAGUGGGAGCUGCGCUGCUUUUUAUUACUAUACUGACAGCAGGAGGACCUGGUAUAAUGGAAACUGCCAAGACCAUCAAUAUAACUGGAUAUGUGAGAUGCAACCAAGCAUAGUCUCUCUUGGACAAACAUAUCAGACUUUUCUCAUCUUCACAGUCAAAAUGGAGAACCAAGCAAUUUCAGGUGGCACUUUUGAUGGUACAUAUAAUAAACUGAUCAGUCAAGAGGAACCAAGCACAGACGAGCACCCGCUCUACUUAAACCAAGAGAAGCAACAAGUGUCCAUGUCCAUGGUGAGACCCCAGUCCAGCGUGAAUCAUUACAAACGGCUCACAGUAAGCCUGGCAGUGCUCGCUGCCAUUCUACUAGCAGUUGAUAUUGGCCUGGGAGUUUAUUAUAGCAAACUUACUGAUGCGCAGCGUACAAUAACGGACAUCAACAGGGAGGUGACCAAACUGAAGGCUUCUUACAACACUGCAGUCCAAAUCAGGGAUGAAGCCAAGAAACAGUUGGCAAAAGUGAUGAGUGAGCAGCAGCUUACCAAGUGGGAGCUUGAACAUGAGAAGAAAAGACAUAGAGACUAUGAAAAGCGGACUGACAAACUUCAAAUGGAUAUUGCAGCACUGAAAUCCCACAUCCCUAUGAUUAGGGAAGGCUGCAGGCGUUGCUUACCAGGAUGGACUUGGAUGAACUCACUGUGUUACUUCUUCUCUGAUGCUUUGCCACGCAAAACGUGGCAGGAAGCCAGAGAGUUUUGCGUGAAACAAGGAGCCGACUUGGCAGUGACAGACACCAGAGAGAAACACUUGGCUGUCAAUGAGCUGAUAAAUAACUAUCAAGACUCUUCGAGACCCAUAGCCCACAGUGGCUUCUGGAUUGGACUGAGAGAUGUGGAUGAAGAAGGGACUUGGAAAUGGCUGGAUGGAACAAGACUGACUGAAGGGUACUGGAAUGAUGGAGAGCCCAACAACCAAGGCAAUGAGGACUGUGCAGCUUCAUAUCCCAGAGGCAACCCUUUUAAGGCCUGGAACGAUGCUCCAUGUAAUUAUGAACUGAAAUGGAUUUGUGAAAUGACACCAAGGGCUGCAAGUUAAUAUGUGUGUGUGUGUGUUUUAUUAAACAACAUUUAUUUUUUCUUUAAUUGUUGGAAUGAAGAAUUAACUCCAUCUUUUACACAGCUUCUGAAUUGUUUAUUUUAUUGUCACGUCAGGAUUUGUUGGAACUUCAAAACGGCAAGGAAGUUUCAAAUACAAAAACUACAUCUGAUUUAUGAAAUGAACCCUAAAAUGUAAGCUAAAUAUUUGACUCCAUUAAAUAAAAUAUUUACUGUCACAAUGUA